UGACUACUGCCGAAAAUGGUCUUAGGGCCUUGGAGUACUUGGGCUUGGGAGCUGAUCAGGAACACUCUACAAAUGGCAAUGGUUCAAAGGUAAAUAUGAUAAUAACAGAUUAUUGCAUGCCAGGAAUGACUGGUUAUGAACUGCUUAAGAAAAUCAAGGAAUCAUCGAUCUUGAAGGAUGUACCAGUUGUUAUUAUGUCAUCUGAGAACAUCCCAACUCGAAUUGAUCAAUGCAUGGAAGAAGGGGCUGAGAUGUUCAUGCUGAAGCCUCUCAAACACUCUGAUGUCAAGAGAUUACGAUGUCAACUCAUGCAAUGCCAAUGACAAAUUGAAGAAAAAGUUGUGAAGUAUUUGGCAUAAGAGGAAUGACUAUGAGAAUUCUCAGACUGAUGAUGUUUCACUGUAAUAUAUUAACCUGUUGGAAUUUGGAAAUUCCUGUUUGCAUUAUAAGGCACAAAUCAUUUGUAAGUUGGUUAAAUUAAAGACUAAAGCAUCAAGGGAGGCAUGUUUCCCCUUUGGCUACCUUACUAAGUACGUAACAUAACUGGAACCAAACAGACAUAGCUUUAAUGUUUUACUUUCUUGAUAAUCUUUUUGUCAAUAUCUC